GCGCCUCACGCCGCGCGGAGUGUCAGCCUGGCCGAGAAGCGCCCUGCCCGCGGGGAGGGGCAGAGAGAGGCAGGUAGCAAGCAAGCAGGCAAGCAACUCCUGUCGAGGACUGGGCUUGCGGGAAGCGCCCGAGAAGAGCCCGGGAGUCGGGGAGGAACGGGAGGAAGGAAGGAAAGAAGGCGGACGAGAGAGAGAGAGAGGACGAGCUAGCCAAAGGAGAGCGAGGGUGGGGAUGGGACCGCGGAGGGAGCCCUGAGGGAUGGCAGCGCGGGCGAGUAAGGACCGCCGAGGCUGAAGAGCGAGCCGAGAGCGACUCCGAGUCACGCCCAAGGCUUGGCCGCGAGGGCUCUCAUCCGCCUUUGGAUUUGCCUGUCCAGGGAGGGGGUUCGGGAAAAGUUCCCAUCCACCAUGAGCGCCAACAUCGUCUUCGAGUGGCUGAAGGCGCUGAAGCUCUCGCAGUACGCGGAGUCCUUCGUGGAUAACGGCUACGACGACCUGGAGGUGUGCAAGCAGAUCGGCGAGCCCGACCUGGACGCCAUCGGGGUCUCGCUCCCGCGCCACCGGAGGCGCAUCCACGAAGCCGUGCAGCGCCUGCGGGAGGAGGACGAGGGCACGGCCGGCCUCUACUUCACCUUGGAGCCCCAGGAGCCCCAGGAGCCCGCCUUCCCUCGCGGCGCGCCCUCGGCCGGGACCUACACCAGCCACUUGGUGGAGCGCUACGAGGCCAAGGGCUGGAAGGAGCCCGCCAGGAGACGCACCAGCCGGGAGCUCACCGCCUACCCCAAACUCCGCCUGAAGAUCAUGAUCAGGGAUAAGCUCCUCCGGGAUGGCAUCAACCUCAGCAAGGCCCCCUUCUCCAACAAGGAUGGGUCAUUGGGCAACAUUGAUGACCUGGCCCAGCAAUAUGCAGAUUACUAUAAUACCUGUCUUACUGAUGUAUGUGAACGGAUGGAAGAGCUUCGGAAGCGGAGGGUUUCCCAAGACCUUGAUAUGGAGAAACCUGAUGCCAGCUCCACAUCUCUACAGCUGCGAUCCCAGAUUGAAGAAUCCCUUGGCUUCAGCAGUACAGUAUCAACACCAGAAACAGAAAGAAAAUUCACCCUUCAUAAGUCAAGUUCUGAAGAAAGUGCUGUAGGAAAAGCAGAUUGGAAAAAGAAAAACAAGUAUUUCUGGCAAAAUUUUCGAAAGAAUCAGAAGGGACUAAUGAGGCAGUCUUCAAAAGGGGAGGAUGUUGGUUAUGUGGCAAGUGAAAUCACAAUGAGUGAUGAGGAGCGGAUCCAGUUAAUGAUGAUGGUCAAGGAGAAGAUGAUCACAAUUGAGGAAGCACUUGCAAGGCUUAAGGAGUAUGAAUCUCAGCGUCGGCAGUCAGGUAGCACAGACUCCUCUGAAUGGCCUGAUCAUUCAUACCCAAGUUUUGAUGGUUCUUCCAAUUGUAAUUCAAGAGAACAGUCGGAUGAUGAAUCGGAGGAAUCGGUGAAGUUUAAGAGAUUGCAUAAGCUGGUCAACUCGACUCGCAGAGUGAAAAAGAAAUUAAUUAGAGUGGAUGAAAUUAAAAAGCCCAGUACUGAAGAAGAACGUUCCAUUGACAGCUCUCCUGUACCAGAUGACAAAUCGGCACUUUACUCUGGAGUCCACAAGAAGCAACCUUCUUCGGAUAACUCUUUUGAGAAGCAGCCAGAGGAUGACUGUAAUUCCCUGACCACAUCUCCUUCAUCCAGCAGCCUAGACAACUGGGGUACUAACAGGAAAUUGCUCAAGACCUUCAGUAAAUCUGAAAGCCGUGGCCUUAUUAAACCCCCAAAGAAACUUGGGACUUUCUUCUCCUACCCAGAAGAGGAGAAAGCUCCCAAAGUUUGCCGCUCAUUGACUGAUGGAGAAAUGAAGAAAAACCUUGGCUCUCUGAACCAUGGGGUAAGUAAAGAAAGUGUUUGCUUUUAUGACAACAGACGCAAGCACCAUGUCCUAGUAUCCCUGGAGGAAAUUCAAAGUGUCAAGAAGCAAAUCCGACUGAAAAAGAGUGAUUCUAACUACUCGUGUUCUAGAGCCUUUCUUUACCAGCGUCCUGCUAGGAAAGGUGUGUCUCCUUCGAUCUGUGACCUACAGCUUCUUCGUCACAAAAGCAAGGGGGGAGGAGGAGGAAGCUGUGGCUUUCCGAACAGAAGGCUACGAGGGCGCAACUCGGUCAGCGAGUUCAAUAUCACAUAUGUGGUGGAGAGGAGCCUGUACAGCCACCUCAACCUGUCCCAUCUGGUGCGGCCCGUUACUGACAGGACACUGAGUAAAGCUGAGGAACAGGAUUUGAGGCGAUGCUUGCUGGAGGAGGAGGAGGAGGCCAAGAGGAAAUGGGCUGCCACAGUGGACCGCUGUACUAAAAGGGUUCUCUUGAGAAUCCACCAAAAGUCUAGGACCUGCAGCUUUGGUGGUUUUGACUUGACUAAUCGCUCGCUGCACACUGGAAAUAAUUUGGAUCAGAUGGAGAAAGAUGGUGAAUUUAUUUACAAAGAAGUGAUCAAAUCCCCUUCGACUUCUCGUAUAUCCCUUGGUAAAAAGGUGAAAUCUGUAAAAGAGACCAUGAGGAAAAGGAUGUCUAAAAAAUACAGCAGCUCCUUGGCAGAGCAGGACUCCAACCUGGAGGUCAUGCCACAAUCUCCGCAGUCACCGCAGCCAGAUACCGAUUCUCUGGACAAACCCAAAUUAAAAGCUGGGGGUUCAGUAGAGAGCCUGAGAAGCUCCCUAAGUGGCCAGAGCUCAAUGAGUGGGCAGACAGUGAGCACCACAGACUCCUCAGCCAGCAACAGAGAAAGCGUCAAGUCUGAAGAUGGGGAUGACGAAGAACUUCCAUACAGAGGGCCAUUUUGUGGGCGGGCCAGGGUUCACACUGAUUUUACCCCCAGCCCAUAUGAUACUGAUUCUCUAAAACUCAAGAAGGGAGAUAUCAUUGAUAUAAUUAGCAAGCCGCCAAUGGGCACCUGGAUGGGUCUAUUGAACAAUAAAGUGGGUACUUUCAAGUUUAUCUAUGUUGAUGUGUUAAAUGAAGAGGAAGAGAAGCCCAAAAGGCCCACUAGAAGGCGUCGGAAGGGAAGACCACCUCAGCCCAAAUCUGUUGAAGACCUUCUGGAUCGCAUCAACUUGAAGGAGCAUAUGCCCACCUUUCUGUUCAAUGGCUAUGAAGACUUAGACACUUUCAAGCUCCUAGAGGAAGAAGACUUGGAUGAGCUUAACAUUUGUGAUCCAGAACACAGAGCUGUUCUUUUGACAGCAGUGGAACUACUGCAAGAAUAUGACAGUAACAGUGAUCAGUCUGGCUCUCAAGAGAAGCUCCUUGGAGAUGGCCAGUUAAGUGGAUGCUCUCCCCGGGAUUCAGGAUGCUAUGAAAGCAGUGAAAAUCUAGAAAAUGCAAAGACCAGAAAAUUGUGUCUCCUUCCUUCAAAACUAACCAGUGAAUACAGCUUUAAGAAUUUCCACAGAACCCCACUGGCAAAUUAUCCAGGUCUACCUAUAACAAAAUCAAUAGAUGCCCUUCAACAAGGAGACAAGGCAUUGUUUCAUUGCACACAUCAAGUUCCAAAAAGCUGCCUCAAACCCCCAUCAGGCAUGAGCCUCAAGAAAAACCGCAGAAGUUUACCAGUUGGUAUCUGCCGAAGCUGUGAGAUUCUAGAAGACACCCCAAGUGUGCCCCUAUGGCCACGGUCUCAUUCCCUUGGAGAUCUUCAUAGAGAGUCUGGUACUAACUGUUUAAAAUCAGAACUGGUGAUAGCACAGCAGGGCAAAGAGGGUGUGGAUUCUCUUAUUGGAAAAGCAGAGGAAUUGCACAUACCUGCAACCAUCCCUUCUAGUGGAACAUUUCCUCUCUUUCCUCCUCAGAACAGUGAGGUUCGAUCAUCUUCACUUUCACAGGCUGUUACAUGGAUCCCUUUUGAAAACUGUAAAAAUAGCAGUCAUGACCUGGGAAGAGCUGAACAAUUCCCCGUCCCCAAGAAGGGUACAGAAGCUGAUCAGAUCAGUACAGGAGAGCCAAGAACACAGCCAAAAAGCUCUUCACAGCCACCACCAGUUCCAGCCAAAAAAAGCAGAGAACGUCUUGCUAAUGGUCACUGCCAUCUCCCUUCAGCCCAUUCUUGUCCAGAUGUGCCAUCUUUGCCAGCAAAAAAGACUGCCCAGUGUGGCUCUUCUGAUUCCCAUGCAUUGACUGUGGGCAGGCCCUCUCCAGAACAGGAACUGAGCCCACGGCCUCCUUGGCUGUCAGAUCUUCCAGAGACUGCUAGUGUCCAACAACAUGUGUUAAAAUUAUGUCCAUCAAUAAGAAAAUCCCCCAGCAGUAGAGGGCUGGAUCUGGAAAUGCUGAUAGAAAAUAAGCUGCAAUCUGAAGAAAUCGAUCUCACAGAUGACCCCUAUUCUGACAAGCACGGUCGUUGUGGGAUCCCUGAGCUUUUAGUGCAAAGAUACUCUGAAGAUUUAGACCAACCUGGAAAGGAUGUUGCUUCAAAUAUGGACCAAAUCCGGGUGAAGCAGUUGAGGAAACAGCAUCGUAUGGCUAUUCCAAGUGGAGGACUCACUGAAAUCUGCCGAAAACCGAUCACUCCUGGACACAUCACUUCCAUAACUGACUGGUUGGUUUCUAUUGGCCUUCCCAUGUAUGCCACUUCCCUUGUGGCUGCAGGAGUGAGUGACCUUUGCAAAGUCCCUUCUCUGUCCCAGAUGUCCCUUCAUGAGGCCGGCAUCACAGAGGAGAGGCACAUAAGCAAGCUUUUGGCUGCAGCAAGACUUUUCAAAGACCUUGAUACAGAGACAGUUUAAUAACAUGAUUUGGUCAUGUGCCUGUUAGGAAGGCCUGCAGCUGUCUUAAUUUCUCUGAGAAAUGAUUUGAGGAUCAAGCAAAACAGGUCCUUUCCUGGGCUAUGAUGCCUAAAGGAGCACAGAAGUCAUAAAAGGGAUUUACCCUAAAAGAAAAGGCACAAGAAAUUGGUUUUGUUUCUUUAUGAUUCUAAAGGUGACUGGAGGCUCAGUGCCCACUGUCUGUAUUCAUUACAGAAAAAGGAAUCUCUCAAUUAAAAAGCAAAAGCAAAAUCUACAUUAACUUCAUGUCCCAGAAACUGGGAAGAAGUAGGACACAGCAGAGUUAGGUUUUUUCCCAUUCUUUGGUUAAAGUGCAGCUUAUUAACUAAAUCAUGGAUAUGUGGCUCUAAACUUGCACAUAAAUAGGUGCAUCAAAUGUGAGAGAAAAUGCUUUUUUAACAAAUCAGUGUAAUGAUGAUUACAUAACUAAUGGAGGCACUCUGCUUAUCCUUUUACAUUCUUUUUCUGGACUCCAUGUUUCCUCUUGGUAGAUUUUGCUGUUAUUUUUCAGUUUGGAAAGCCUAUGCCUCUCCAGAGGUUGUUGGAGUCUGACCAACCCUAGUCAGGAUGGCUAAUAUUCAGGGAAGUUGUAGUCAAACAGUAUCUGGUCCACCAUGCAUUCCCCUCUACUCUUUUAUUUAGGCCAAAGUUAUGGACUGGAUUAGCUAGUCAUCUAAUUAUCAGACAGAUCCAGAAAAUUCCUUUCUUUGUAUAGAGAUAAAAUAAUUUUAUAACUGCUUUUCAGCACUCAGCUUUUUUAUUUGCCUUAAAUGCUUUUAAGCAGUUCAUUUACCAGCAUCCAUGUUUCCCAGACCUUUAAUUGUUGGCAUUAUUAUCUAGCAACAGACAGGUUUGUCUAAAGCAGUUUCUAUAGAUUAUCUCAUUGUAACAUCUGUUUUAUAAAGUUGCUUUUAAAACAUUUUUGAAAUCAGAGAUUUCAGUUCUCAGGCUAACAAGUUGUUUCUGGCAGUUCAUGUUUGCUGGGAUAUUACUAAAAGGCUACAAGAUAUUUUGUGUUGUGUAUGUACAUAUAUAUAUAUAAAUAUAUAUAAAAUUAUAAAAAUGCUCUUUUUUGCAUUAAUUGCAACUUUGGUGUACUGUGUUAUACUGGCAAUAGAUUGGUUGCAGCUUUGACUUGGUAUCCUGACCGCAUCAAUGGGAAACACUGGUUUCUGGAAGAGGAACGAAAAAGUUUACCAAGGGGGAGUAAAUAAACUGAAUAAGCAAACUGUGUCUCACAUAGUGUCAAAACAAGGAUUCUGUUCAAUUUUAUAGACACGGGAAAGGUUUGGGCUGCCAUGCUUGCACAACAUCAAUAAAACACCUCUGUUACUUGGUGCUGAAAUGAUUGUGUUAGAAUAAAAGUUACCUGGACUGCAGGAGCAAUCUGAUUUUUCUUUACAGUGCCAUGAUCUCAGCUUCUAAAACUAUUAAAAUAUUCAGUGUUAAAUCUUCUGACUUCUAUGAAUAUAGAUAGAGUUUAUUUUUGUACAUUUUGUAUACCAAAUAAACUCAUCUUGAGUCUUAAUAUCUAGAUUAUUUUGUAAUUUCCAUUAACACAGUAAAAUAAAUAGAGACAUGUCAGGGUCGAUAAUAGGCGAGUAGACUAGGAAAUAUAACAGUAUUGGACACAGGAUUUAGAGAUCUACUUUAAACUGUUACAUAAUGACAAGCAAGUUUCACCACCUCUCCGUGCCUCCUUUACUCUACCUUUGAACAGGAACUCGUUUACAUGUUCUGAAAGUACAUUUCACAUAGGAUGCAGACACAAAGCAAUUGAUUUCCCCAAAAUGUCUUGUCCAUAUGCUUUUAAGCUUCAUGGAUUUUCCCAUAAUUUAUUUUAAAUGAAAUACAAUGUGUAAUAUAAUCUAGCCUAAAACUGGAUCCUUUUGUGGAAGAAAAAGAGAAGUGGUAGGCUAUGGAGAAUAUUAGACAGCUGAAUGUUUUUGCACUUCCUUCUACCUCCCUUUUCAUAGCACAGUGGGCCCUCAGUAUCCACUGGAAUUUCCUUCUUGGUUUCCUCAUGGAUUCCAAAAUCCAAGCUCAUUAUAUGCAGUGAUGUACUAAAAUGGUGCCCCUUAUGUAAUAUGGAAAAACCAUGGUUUGCUUUUUGGAUUCUCUUGUGGUGGCGGUGGUCGAAAUAUUUUCAAGCCAUAAAUCAUGGAAGCCAUAGAUACCUAGAGCUAACUGUGCAUAAAGUACAAUUCAUCAAAGUGCAUAGAAUAAGUUGCCAAAAUAUCCGUAAUUAAAUUGAAACGAAAGUUUCAGUAGCCCCAAUGUUUUUACUUUGACAGAGCAGAUCCAAUGAAGUCCUCCCUUAGGAAUAAAGCUCCCUCUUUCAAUACAAGAGAUUGGAUUUUGUUUUUAGAUUAGUAGGAAAGGGGGCAAUACUUCUGAUCUCCUCCUUUCCCUGCAACCCUAAAUGUUUGGUGCACCUUCUGGAACAGAGAACCAGCAAAAAUAAACAACCUGUUUUUGCCUGGCAGGUGUGGCCAAAGCAUAACUCCAUUCCAGGACUGGCCUUACUAGAAAUAUAAAAACUCUCAAUCAGAUCCACACAUUGAAAUCUAAUCUUAAAAAUAUAAUCUAGGCUGGCCACUAUGCAACAGGCACAAUCUUUCCAGAUUCAUUUUUCUUUGAUUGUCUUAAGUCUUCCACAUUUUUAACAUGCCCAUUCCAAAGUGCUUCACUUGAGCUGGGUGAUGUCCAAUACUAUGAAACUCAGAAAGGAACACUUCAUAACAUCACUGUGAUCAAGUGUCUUCCAAGGAUCCUCAUACUCGUCACACAGUUUAAAUUUAAUAGAAGUACUUCAACUAUUCACGAAACAGAGAAUGAAAUUCUGCUUUAAUUGUUGCAUGUUCAGUUCAGUUUUUCUUUUAAGCAGCUGUCUUUACCUAACCUGUAGGUUGAUAAAGUAACCAUUAUAAAUGUGAGAAUGAUAGGAUUGGGAUUUUUUUAAUUGUAGCCAUUACUAUGUGAUAGUCACCCUAGGGUCACCAUGGGCUCUUCCACACAGCCCUAUAUCCCAGAAUUACAAGACAGAAAAUCACACAUUAUCUGAGUAUGGACUCAAAUUACCCAGUUCAUAGGAGACACUGAAAUUUUCUGCCUUGAUAUUCUAGGAUAUAGGACUGUGUGGAAUGGCCCCAAAAGUCAGAAACAACUUGAAGGCUCGCAACAACACCAUAUAAAUGUACUUUACUGCUGUUGUAGGUAUAAAUAUGGAAAACCAUUGCAUGGUGCAUGAAAAAGGGGAAAUGCUUUUCUUUAAAGGGAUUUAACCUUUUCCUUCAUUUGCUUUCUCCAUAUUAUGCUCUCUAUAGAAGAGUGCUGUAUAACUACAAACUCUUAUAUGCAGCAAGAACCUGUAUAAAUGGAGCACUCACUAAAUUGAAUCAUGCUCACCAUUAACAUUUUACAACACUGGUAUGUUCGCAUACGUCACUGCCAUGUCUAAAAUCAAGAGUUACUAAGGUAACGGUAGAAAAAUAUUUCUUUUUUCUUAAGGCUCUGCAAUACAAAUUUACCCUUUCCUAGUAAGCCUUCUAAGCCAAACUAGGAAAGGUUUCUUGUUUGUACUAGAUUUCUCCACUGACCAUGCUGACUAGAGGGAUUCUAUGGACUCAUCUAAAAGGGACAACUUCCAUGAUAGAGCACUUCCACAAAGCGUAGCAUGGCAGGUGGCUCUUCAUCAAUCUGUUCAGUAUAUUCUGAUAGAACACAGGGAUAACUACACCUAGAAAUAUUUCCAUAUAUGGAAAAAGUAGGAUGUCAUACUUUGCAUUGCAUGUUUAAAUGUGUUAUUUCAAUGUCAGUUAAUAGUAUUCAUCCAUCACAGGACAAAGUUAUUGCCAGUUCCUUUAAUUGCAUGUUGAUUUAACCUUUUUUGGAACACCUUCAUAGGACUUACUGGAGUCACAUGACUACCACAUUUGUUGAAUAAUCAGUAUUUCAUCUGUUUGUAACCUGCAUGUAAUGUUGCUCCUUCUAAAUCAGGGGUCAGAAGCUGCCAGAAUUCCAUUCCCCAAUAUUGUUUUGACACACAUCCCCUCCCACACUUUGAUGUUUCAACCUACAUUUUGGAUGUAUACUGUCAAUUGAGCAGUUGACCCCUUAAGCAAUAUGGGCAUAUAUACACUGAAAAGGCCUUAAAAGUCAGGUACAAAGGAAAUACAAGCAAUACGAGGACCCAUUGUGCUCUCGGAAUCUAGCCAAGAGAGUUUUGAGUAAAUGUCAGCUUGGGGGCUAUCAGCAUAAAACCAAACUCUUGGAUUGAUUCAGUUCUUGUUUAUUUUUCUACAUUAAAGGGGCCUGAUCAUUAUCCAUGGUGUAAGGUCAUAACUACAAAAUUAAUUAUUAUGACUGGAAUCCUCUUGAGCACAACAGCUAUGCAGUUACCCCCACCCUGAGGUGUAACCGUCCCCACGUCCUGGGUAGUAGCCUCUGCAACCACUGGCAACCCAUUCUCCUAUCACUCUUGAAGCAAUUGACUGAUAUUUCCAAAACCUCCCAAAGCAAUCUCCAGUGCAACAUGCAGAGACAAGGUCUCCUUUCCAAAUCCCUCUCUACAGAAGAUUUCUGUAAAAAUCCAUCUUCUGCUUCCUAAGUGAUAAGGGAACAACCUCUUAUCAAUCUCAGCAACUUCUUCCCAAUAAGUGGGAAUUGGGGGGGCAUUCAUGGUCUCAAGGUAUGUACUAAACAAGGGCUUACACAGAGAUCAUGAAUUUGAAACAGUCUGGAAUUCACAGAGGCCCAAGAGGAACCCACCUAUCUGACUGCAACAUUCUCAAAAGUGAAGGUCCAAACUGUAAACCUGACUUUUGGUGCAAAUGGCAACCUGGGAAAUAAUCAGGGUGCAGUAUCUUGUUAAUCCUACUCACACAGCAGCAAUAAAGGUCAGUUCACCAAGUCAGAGCUGUACAACAGUAUUGUGUGAGGCUAAAUCCAGUUACUAGUCCCAACUAGAAAUUGUUGUUUUUAAAUUGGUAGGACUUAACAUACAAAUUACCAUGUUCUCACUGAUAUGGUGGGUCUGUGCUAACUGAAAUUAACAACUGGAUUUAGCCAACCAAGCGAAAUACUUUUUGAGUACAAACUAACUACUACCAAUAUCUGAGACCUCUCAUUAAAAAAAAACCCAGAAACUUUAAGCAAGUUAUGUAACAACUAACAAAUGUUGCACUUUCUGUAUAUGAAACAGUAUUUAAAUAACUUAUUUUUCUCCAUUUGCUGUUCUGAAAUAAUGUAAGUAGCUGUAAUAUACCAGUACAUCCUUGCAGUUAGUUUCAACCUGAAAAGCUAUGUAUAGUAAAGAAAAAGGAAAAAAUGGGGUGGGGAGGCUUAUGAAUGUGUAAAGAUGACUGCUCUGUUUUAUCCAGCAAAAAAGGGCAACAAAAUGAAUUUUUCUGUGUAUGAAAACUUCUCUAUAACUAUGUUCUAUUGUUCAAAGGAAAAUAAAUGAAUUCCUUAAAUACA